UGCACACUUGCCACAUUUCUAUCAAUACUUUUCAGCAUUUGGCUUGUAGGAAGAAGGAGCCUAAAGAGAAUUUCACGCUGACGUCAUUAGGCAGUAGGGAAAAAGAAUUGUGUAUGUACACAAAGAUUCUGUAGCCCACACUCACACAAACAGUCAGAGAAGCCGACGAAUUAUAAAAACUUCGUUUAUUUUCGACAUGUGAUGUUGUUGCUGUAUGUUUUCAGAGCCCAGCAAAGUGGUGUUUUGAAAAGCUUCUUAAAAAACUUUUUUGGAUACUCAAAUCUAUUAAAAUAUUGUAAAUUUUCGUGUAUAAGUGUAAGAUAGAGUAAAAAAAAUUAAUGAGAGAAACGGAGAGGACGGUUAAGAGAGUAAUGAAAAUUUUUGCAAUAGCCAUCGCAUAGGAAAGAAGAAGAAAAUUCUGCAUCAAGUUGCCGAACGCUUGGAAAAAUAACGAAUAAAGUGUGGAGAAAUAAAAGAAAAAUUUUCAAGGUCUCGUCUUCUCUCCAAGUUAGUAUUAUGCCGUAUAUUCGAUAACGAGUAAAGAGGAGUGUAGGAAAUUUUCCAUUCAUCUUGGCAAAUAAACCUAUAAACCAAAAGUUUACGUCGACGCUAGUGCAUAAUAAUUUGAUAAUAGUCAAAAUAAACAGAAGCUUCUUAUUUUGAUUGUAUGGUGACGAAACAGAAACUGAAAGAAUCGACAAGAAGGAAAAUAUCUCGAGGAAGCCAAUAAAAUAUAAAUAAAUAAGUGAAAAGCUAUAGAGACAUCUCAUAAUUGACUCUACAGAGAGCGAGAGCGAGCGAUUAAACAAAAAACAAAAAUUCUAAAAAUAAGAAGUAAAUUGACAUUGAAAGUUGUGACAAAAUAAAAAAAGAUCUUUCGCUUUUUUGGCUGAAGGCAAGGAAAGGUCGUAUCGGACAGAAGAGGAUAGCGAAUAAAACGCUGAUCUAUUAUUAGAUGUGAACAUCAGGACAGAGAAUAACAAAAAUAUAUUUCCCAGCUGAUUUGCAAGUGAAAAUAAACUUUUUUUUGUGUAACGUAAUCAACAUCCAAAGCAAAAAUUAAAAAAAGUAUCAACUCACGCCAAGUUUUUCGAGUGAGACACUUUGACUAAAUACUGAAAUAAAUGGAUGCAUCAUCAUCACCAUAAUCAUUCUCGUCUUAUUACUUAAUUGUUUGAACUCGAUGUGAAUUUUUUAAGUGCUACAAAAUAGCACAUAGUUUUGGCGUUGAUGUAGAAAUUUCACAGUUUUAUGAACGACUUCAUUUUUUGCUGGCAUAAGGAAAAUUACGGAUAAUUUAUCAGGUGCUUGUGCAAGUGGAAAGCUUUUCAUCUAGCAAACCAUUUAUUGUGCAUUAAAUUAUUGCCUCGUGCAUAAUUGCUUCUUGGAAAGCACCCACCGCGUGUGUUAAAAACUCAACUCACUGUGUAAUUUGCGUAAAGAGAAAAUUUGAAACUUUUUCCUUAAGUUCUUCAAAAAAAAAAAACAGUCAGCUUAAUAAAUUUUUAUAUAUACACAACCCAACAACCAAAACAAAACGUAAAAAUAAAUAAAAGAGUCAAAGUGAAGUGCUGUGAACACGCUGAAUGAGUAAGAAAACAUAAGUUUAUUGACAACGUCCUGAAAAAAAAUUGUUUGUGUACAAAGAAAGAAAAGUUGAAAGCCGGAGUUUAGAGCCUACGCAAUUGAAUAAGUUAAAGAAAAAUCUCAUACGGGAAAGAAGUAAACUGCAAUAAAAGAAUAAUAAAAAAGUUUCGAUUCUCCCUUCCUUCCUUACUUCUCUCUACUAUAAACUGCCUGUAUUGUUGCUGGUGGUUUCUAAGGGUGAGAAGAAGAUACCAAGAAGUUCAAAUAUAAAAAAAAGUAUAAUAUAAAAUAAAACAAGUGAAGAUUAUUGGUGCUUUUACGUGUGCUCAUCAUUCUCUCGUGUGUUCCUGAGUGUCUACUUGUGUGUGUAUGUGUGUAUUGUAUUGAUAUUAAAUAUAAUACACGCACGAGUUUAGCGAGAAAAUUAAAAAACUGAUAAAUUAAGGAAUAUAAUUUUGCUAACGGAAGUGACGCAAUAAAUAAUAUAAAAAACAAUCAUAAGUGCAGUGCAAGCAGUACCAAAAUAAAAAAUAAUAAUAAUUAAUUAAGAAUCAAGAAUUAUUGCAAAAAUGCACAUUGAAAUUCAAGUUGCAUUAAACUUUGUCAUAUCGUACCUUUAUAACAAGCUUCCACGUCGUCGGGUCAACAUCUUUGGCGAGGAGUUAGAGAAAGCAUUAAAGCACAAAUUUCAAGGGCACUGGUAUCCUGACAAGCCAUUCAAAGGCUCAGCAUUUCGAUGCCUCAAAACAGGUGAACCGAUUGAUAUCGUACUAGAAAUUGCAGCUCGCGAAAGUGGCGUCCCAAUUGGUGAUAUUUUAGAGAACUUACCAGCCGAAUUAUCGGUAUGGGUCGAUCCAGGUGAAGUUUCAUAUCGUAUCGGUGAAAAGGGAGCGGUUAAAAUCCUUUACUCCGAACAAAAGCAUGAUUCGCCUGAUGAUAAUAAUGCGGAUCGAGAAGUAACAUCAACAUUCAAUCCAGAAGCCCAAUGCUUUCGUCCAAUAGAGAUAUUAAACUCGUCAUUGAAUGGUUUAACAUUGAGUCCCAAAGGCUCACCAAAUGACUCGUCGCCAACAUCGUCGAUAAGUCCAAUGUACAAGAAUAAUAGUCCAUCGGGCAAUAAUGGAACGACAACAACUUCAUCAUCAACAUCAGCAACAUUCCUUGGACGUACACAAGAGCCAGUUCUUUUCACGACUGCGACAUUUGCACAAACGAAAUUCGGCAGCACAAAAUUGAAGAAUAAUUCGAAACGCACCAACAGCAGGAUGUCGCCUACAGAAUUCUCGAACUAUAUCAAACAACGUCAACAAAUGCAGCAACAUAACAAUCAUUACAAUCAUCAUCAAUCGAAUAAUCAUCAUCAGAACAUGUUUGGUGCAAUUGGCUCUGUCUCACCUGCACGAUCGAUCUCACCAAAUCCAAUGACAUUACAAAUGACAAAUGACUCGUCCAUGCACCAAAAUCCAUUCGUAUUUCCAUCAAAUGGAUUUAAUAAUUUGAACAUGUAUCAAUCGUUUGGUAGUCCACGUAACAUGUUUGACGGAUUGAAUGGCAGUGGAAAUGGAAAUGGAAAUGGAAAUGGAAAUUAUAAUCAGUUCAAUGGCAAUAAUGAUCCAUUAUUAUUCACACCUGGAAAGAGUUCAUCUUUUAUGGACCAACAAUCAAAUUAUUGCAAGAUUCCGUCACAACAGCAACAGCAACAACAAAAUUCUCAAUCACCAUUAAAUGCGACAUCACCACAGGCGUCAACAACAAUUACUAAUGGAAGCUCUAAUAAUGUCGGAGCAAUCGGUACAUCGGUUACUUCCAAUCAACAACAACAGUCUGAUAACAAAUUGUUGGACGGCAUGAAUUCAUUCUAUGGUAACAAUUCAAAUCCAUCAACUUAUCAGCAUCAUCUCUUGGUCGCCAAUUAAGAUGUCUUAAUUAAUGUGAAACAUGCUGAUCUACAAUGUAACGGAUUUAUACCCCAAGACACUAAAAAAUACAUACAGACACAACACAUAUGAGACGAAAAAAAAAUAUGGACAACACACUGAUAUAUUGAUUGAUAUACAUGAUAUAUUUAUUUAUAUAUACAUAGUGAAAUUUUGUUCUUUUUUUAAAAAAAAUAUAUUAUAUUAGAAAUAUUUCUUUACCUUUAUCUUAGUCAAAUUGAAUCACGUUGAUAGUCAUAAAGUUAUUAGUCUUUCGAUUUUUUUUAUACGCAAGAAUUUUUUUGUAAUUUUUAUUUUUUGAUAUUUGUUUAUUUUUGUUAUGAUGAAAAACAGAGAAAUUUUCCAUAAUUAAUUAUUACUAUGUAUGUAUAUUUUUACGUUAAUUAAUAAAAUAAUGUUGAUGGUUAGAAUGUGUAAUAUUAUCUUUAGUUUAUAGUUUUCCUCGAUAACGCAUGAGUGUAAUUGAAAUGUUUCAAUAACAUAUAAUUAAUUUUCGAAUCGAUUAUUCAACGGAUAAAUUUUAGUUUAAAUUGAUUUUUCGCUUCCUUAAAAUGACGCGAAAGAUUUUUGCAUUAAAAUGAAGAGUUUUUGGCUUAAUGAAAUUUUCAAAAUAUGACGCAGAAUUGAGGAAAAAACUUUUGUAAAAGAUGCAAAAUUCUUUCGCUUCACAACAAGCUUUUUUGAUAAAAAACGACGUUUGUACAUUCGAUAAUUAUAAUUUUUAAACGAUUCAUAGCUUUUAAUGAUUCAAAAGAACUUGAGUCAAGCGAAAAGCUCGAAAAAAAAUCACGAAUAAAAUUAAUAGUUUUUGGAAUGCUGAAAAUUUUUGCUUCUUUUUUACGACUUCGAGAAAAAUUUAAACUAAAACUAGCCGUUAUGAAUGAAAAAUAAUAAAAAAAAAACUUUUGAAAUAUCUCCAAAACUCAUGUCUUGUAUUUCAUAUAGUAAUUAUCACUUACGAAGAAGAAGAAGAAAAAAAGAUAAAGAAAAAAACAAAUCCGUGAUGUUUUUGUACGAUUUUUAUUCUUAUUUUAUUACUUUUGUAUCUAUUAUUAUAAUUAUAAUUAAAAUGAUGAAGACGAAAUAUAUUUUUGUUACGCAAAAUGAUCCUUUGAUAAACAUAUAUUAAUAAAAAAGGUUUUUUUUACGAUAAAAAAACUACAUAUUAAUUAAUUAUAAUAUAUGAUGGAUGGAAAGUAAUGACGACAUUGAGUUCACUUUUUUACAUGCAUUAUUGAAUAAAGAAUAUAAAUAAAUAUAAUAUGAUAAUAUUAUGAGAAAUAUACACAUAUAAUACAUAUUAAAAAUUAUGUGAAUCUAAUUUGUUUAGAUAAAUUAAAUGAAUUUUUAUUUUUAAUUUUUUUUUGUGAAACAAAUAAAAAAGUUUUAUUUUUCUAUGACAUGUCACUAAAAUAAAUAAUAGAAGAAAAAAAUAGUAAAAAUUUAUAGAACAAAAGAAAUAAAAAAAAAUAAAUAAAUUAAAGUAAAAAAAUAUAUAUAUUUCCACAUACAUAAUAUCCAAAAAAAAACAAAAAAUAAUAAUAAUAAUAAAAAUGAAUAAACAGUUACAUUGGUCAAUCCUCAAAAAGGGUUAACUUUUGAGGUUGCCGAGGUUUAAUAGCCAUCCCGGGGGUUAAAGACUCACUUAUGUGCACGUGUGAAAAUGUUUUCAAUGCCAUAAAAUGAGUUUCAGCUCCCAAUAGCUGUAAUACACAUACACAAUGUCCUAGAAUAGAGGAAUAAAAUUUCUCUCCUGCCCACGUGCAUAGAGUUGCUAGAAAGAAAAAAUUUGAAGGAUAUUUUGAGAACUUUUAUCAUGAAGAUUCUGUCGUAGGUUGCUUACAGAUAUAUGUCUCAAGCCUCAUGAUUUGGUCAAGCAUUUGAAGAGUUUUGUUGAUAUCUAUUCCCACACAAUGCAUUAAUAAAAUCAGAAUUGUUAUUUGAACAAGUCAUGCAGUCUACUUAAGGGAAUUAAAGUUAAUCCGAUUUUGCUUCUUAAAAUAAAUUUCAGGGUUUUAAACUGUUUAUUUGUUGGAUUUAUCUGUCGACUGCAAAAAGAUUGACAUUGAACUUGAAAUCUUCAAAGGUCAAUUUCAGUGUUUUUGCAAAUUAAAGUAAACUGAGCAUUUGCAUAAACUUUUGGAAGCUUUUAUUCGGUUCACUUUAGUUUUUAUACUGUUCAAUUUGCCUUUUGAGAUGUUUGAGUGGCGAGGAUCCUGUCUGUCCAGGCAAAUCUUUGUAAUAAGCCUUUUUUGAUCAGUGAUUCUCCAUACUUCAAUGUAGCGAUGAUUUGAUGUGAAAGUCCUCUACAAAACUAAACACAAAGCUAUAAGAAUGAUUGACAUUCAGGAACUAAACCAUUGUCCUUUAAAAAAUGAUUGAAGUUAAUUAUUUUAUGUCCAGACCAGUCCAAACAGCAUUGACUGCAGAACUAUACUUCCCCAAAUGAAAUCGAUCGGGAUUGCAAUUUUUCAAUUUUAACUUGUGAAGAAUAAACUUGGAGAAAUAAACACAGGACUAGGUCUUGCAUUGAAAAUAAGAUAGUUAAUGUUUUGUGUAAAACUACAGCAACUUAAUGCUUAAAAUUAUAAAAUUUUGCAAACACAACAAAAAUUGUAAUCUUCUUACGAUGAAUCUUCACAAAAAAGCUUAAAUUUUCCCAUAGAAACACUCCAAAAAUAGAUAAACUUUCACAGCAACUCUGUCCAACCUACAAGCAUUCCCUUUCAACGAGAAAUAAAUAUCCUUCAUUCCUUCCUAUGAUGUUAAAUUUUUUUCCAUAAAUUGCUAAUAUCCACAUGAAAAACAUAGUAAAAGAUUAAAUUUACCAUUGCAAGCAUAUUCAGAAAAGAAAAAAAGUUUUUUUUAAAUGUCAAACAAAGUUUCAUAGAAAAAUAAGAUUGAGAAUUAUAUUCAUGAAAAAAAAUUCUUUCUAUUUAAAAAAAGUUUUUAGAAAAUUUAACAAAAAAAAAUUCAAAAAAAAUCUUCAUUGCGAUGACAAGAAGAAGUAAAUUUUCAAAAAAAAAGUAUAUUUAUAGUAUAAUCUUACAACAACAAAAAAAAAAGAUGAUGAUGAUGAGAUAUGAUGAUCGUAGCGUAAAUGAAUCAACAAAUUUAACCAUUUUUUCUAUUUUUGAUAUAAAUAAAAUGAAAAUAAAAAAUAAUAAAAAAG